AUGGGUACAACACCAAGUAGAUAUGAUGACUUAUCUAAAAAUAUUUAUUUGGAGAGGUUUUGUGGGAAAAAAAGUAUUCUUCCAAAUGAUCCAUUUUGGGAUACUUUUCUAUCUUACAAUGUACGACCACCUGUUACAAGAAAUGACCAAAUAGAAUUAGAUUCUCGAUUGGACUCUUCAUGUCAACAAUUACUUGCUAAUAAUUUAACCACUGGCAAUUUUGGUAGUUUAAUACAAGUUGCUCUUAUGUAUGCAAGUCAUUUACUUGAACCAAUGCAAAAUAAAAAAAUGACAUCAGCAUGGCACACAUAUAAUGCAUUGUUUGCAGUGAGAUGUAUAUUAAAAUAUUUAAUUGAAACAGUUGGGGAAGAAGAAAUGAUAAAACACAUAGAAGCACCACAGGUACCAGUGUCAACACAAUCAAAUUCAUCCUAUAGACUAGAAGAUUUGUUCGAAGCAUUAGUUGAUGUUAUAACUGAUGUACCAAUAUGCAAUCAAUUUAGAUACGUUGUUCAUUUAGAAGCAAUCAAUUGCUUACUUGUACUACUUUCUGUGCAACUAUUUUCACAAACUGCAGCUGAAUACAGUUGCAUUUACAGAAUUGCAAUGCAUUCACAGUCUAGUGAACAUGCACCAGCAAUGGUCUGUACCUUAUUGCACAAUUUUGUGCAGCAAGAACAUGCUCCUCCAGGUUUACUUGCACAGCAACCAGGAGGAAGUAUUGUUUUCAGCAUAGCUGCUGGAUUAUGGAAUGUAAUUACAAUGGGCAUGGGUAGUAGUUUAAAAAAUGUACAAGUUACAAGUAAUGGUACUUCUGAAGAGGAAGAACGAAAACGUGAUACAGAAACACCUCUUGCUAGUCAAUCAUUAUUACUGCUAUUGGUUUUAACAAAUCAUUGUACUGCAAUUCAAAAUCCUUAUAGAAAUGCACUUUUUACAUUUGUUGAUAUGCAAGAGGAGUAUUCUACAAUGCAAACUAAAAAUGCAUUUAGGUUUAACUUGAAUAAAUUGUACAAUACUAUAUGUAAAAUACCAAACACAGAUGAAGUUACAUUAUUAUUAUAUAUGUUGCUACAUAGAAACUCAAGUGUAAAACAAGAUAUUAUGAGAAGACCAGACAUACAACUAUUGGUAACACCAAUACUUCAAAUUCUGUAUCAUGCUCCAAACAAUACAUCACAUCAUAUUUAUAUGUCUCUUAUUAUUCUUUUAAUUUUAAGUGAAGACGAAACAUUUAACAAAAGGAUACAUGAAAUAAUGCUUAAAGGCGUAAAUUGGUAUACAGAAAGGUCAAUAAGUGAAAUAUCAUUAGGAGGUCUUUUAAUUCUUGUUGUUAUAAGAACCAUACAAUAUAAUAUGUUUAAAAUGAGGGAUAAAUAUCUUCAUACAAAUUGUUUAGCAGCUCUAGCAAAUAUGUCAGCACAGUUCACAUCUUUACAUCCUUAUGUUAGUCAAAGGUUACUAAGUUUGUUCGAAACUCUUGCAAAAAAACAUGCUAGACUAGAAACGAAAAUACGCACACAAUCUUCUGUUUCUUCUGACAGUACAACUGUUACAGUUAAUGGAACAACAACAAAUACAGAUUUAAUUCAAGAUUUAACAAUACUUGAAGAAGUUUUGCGAAUGGUAUUAGAAAUUAUAAACAGUUGUUUAACUCACAGACUUGCGCAUAACCCAAAUUUAAUAUACACCCUUUUAUAUAAAAAAGAUAUUUUUCAACCAUUUAGAACACAUUCAGCAUUUCAAGAUAUUGUGCAAAAUAUAGAUUCUGUCAUAAAUUUCUUUUCUUAUAAAUUGGAGCAAAAGGAUCAAUCACAACUUGGUGUCAGUCAAGUUUUAACUACAAUUCAGCAAGGUACUAGCGAAUGGCCACAUGACCGUUUAAGGAAAUUUCCAGAACUAAAAUUCAAAUAUGUAGAAGAGGAACAGCCAGAGGAGUUCUUCAUUCCUUAUGUAUGGAGCGUUGUAUGUCAAAGUGCACUUUUACAUUGGAGCGCAGAAAAUAUAAAAUUAUUUUCACCUAAUAGCGGCGAACAAACAACGAUUAUCGUUUGCUGAUACCGAGAUCAGGGUUGCUGUUUUCAGUAAAUAUAUGGAAUAAAAACCAAGUAAAAAAUAUUGAAAA